AUGGAGAAUCCCGUCUUACAGACACAAGCGUCCACCCUGCCGUUUUUUGACGCAGCCCACGCCUUCAACCUGCUACGAGGAAUACACGAACUCCGCGCAGAGCGGAAAUUUUUUGAUGUGACUUUAUGCGCAGAAGGCCGCGAGUUCCACUGCCACCGCACGGUGUUGGCUGCCGCAAGCACUUACUUCCGGGCUAUGUUCGCCGGGAAACUCCGGGAAAGCAUCAUGGAUCGUGUAGUUUUGCACGAGGUUUCGGCCGAGCUUUUGGGACUACUGGUAGACUUCUGCUACACAGGACGCGUCACGGUCACACAAGACAACGUGGAUCUUCUGCUGAAAACGGCAGAUCUGUUUCAGUUCCCGUCAGUCAAAGAGGCUUGCUGCGCUUUUCUCGAACAGCGUCUGGAUGUUUCCAACUGCUUAGAAAUCCAAGACUUUGCAGAGGCUUACGCUUGUCGAGAGCUGGCAGCUAGUGCCCGUCGCUUCAUCCUAAAAAACUUGAUGGAUCUUGCUAAAGGGACAGACUUUGAACGGUUGCCUUGGAAGCGCCUUCUUGAGUUUGUGUCUGAUGAUGAGCUGUGCGUAGACAAAGAGGAGACAGUUUACCAGAUCGCAGUGCGCUGGGUGAAGGCUGACCUCCAGCGAAGAAUGCAUUACUGGCCCGAGCUACUACAGCAGGUCCGACUCCCAUUUGUCAGGAGGUUCUUCCUCUUGGCUCAUGUUGAGAGCGACCCACUCGUAUACCUUUCACCUACCUGCCUCCGCAUGGUGAACGAGGCCCGUAGCUUCCAGUCCUGCGAGUACGACCGUCACGACAGACCCUGCCGUCGCAUGCGCCCACGGCCUUCCACCGGACUGGCCGAGAUCCUAGUAGUGGUUGGAGGUUGCGACCAGGACUGUGAUGAGCUGGUCACUGUUGACUGUUUCAACCCACAGACGGGCCAGUGGCGCUACCUGGCCGAGUUUCCGGACCACCUCGGAGGGGGCUACAGCAUAGCUGCCCUCGGGAAUGAUAUGUAUGUCACUGGUGGCUCUGAUGGAUCUCGCCUGUACGAUAGUGUUUGGCGCUACAAAUCGAGUGUCAACGAAUGGACAGAGGUGUCACCCAUGCUGAAGGCGCGCGAGUACCACAGCUCAUGCGUGUUGAAAGGUCAGUUGUACGUGGUGGCGUCUGAAAGCACCGAACGCUAUGACCACACGCUGGACUGCUGGGAGUCCUUGCCGCCUAUGCCGCACGCUAUGGAUAACUGCUGCACCACUACAUGCAACGAUCGCCUGUACGCCAUCGGCUGUCUAGCUGAAGAAGACGCCAUGGCUGUUCAGUGUUAUGAGCCAGACAGCGAAAGAUGGUCCAUGGUUAACUGCGGACAGUUGUCGUGGGCAUACACCCCUAAAACGGUCACUCUCAAUGGGCUCAUCUUCUUUGUUAGGGAUGACUCGACAGAGGUCGACGUUUACGACCCUCAGAAGAACCAGUGGGAUAAGAUUAGUCCAAUGAAUCAGGUACAUGUAGGAGGCAGCGUAGCAGCGCUAGGUGGAAAACUCUUUGUAUCCGGUGGUUACGAUAACACAUUUGAGCUGUCAGACGUCGUGGAAGCGUACGACCCGGCCACUCGCGUCUGGUCCGUCGCGGGUCGGCUGCCUCAGCCCACUUUCUGGCACGGCAGCGUAAGCAUUUUCCGACAGUUCAUGCCUCUGGUGUCUAAUGUUUUUGAGCCCAUAAGCGCCCCGGAUGCCAAUGCCAUCCACCUGCACCGGCACCAGCGCCACCAGGCCCUACAGAACUUGAAUAAUGAUGUCAACCAGGACAUGAACGUGGCCCACUGA